AAUUAUCCAUCAUGGUGGAAGGUGUGGUUGAUGGUAGUGGCCGGCCGCCGGCCUCUGACUUAAGUUAUGGUUAGUGUCUUGCCAUACAAGGGGAAAAUACUAGAGGAGAGAAAACUUAAAGCUGUUGAAGAUAAGGUCUUGUUGCUCUCUCCCUCCGCUUUCAACUCGUUUUCAGACAUGGAGGAUGAAGAUGAGAUUUUUGGCAAAGAGACCAACAAAGAGACAGCGAGAGAGACAGACCGAGUAGUGGAUACUAGAAAACAAAACGGUGCCGGGGGCUACUUUGAAAGGAAGGUACACAUACCUGAUAGCGAGGGCUUCAAGUACAUUGCUGGGUUCAGUUUCAAGAAACUCUGGGCUUUCUCUGGUCCCGGUUUCCUAAUGAGCAUAGCCUAUCUUGAUCCUGGUAAUAUAGAAUCAGACCUUCAAUCAGGAGCAACUGCCGGCUACCAGUUGCUAUGGCUACUGAUGGUAUCCACUUUCCUUGGUCUCCUCCUACAGCGUCUCUCUGCUCGUCUGGGGGUCGUCUCUGGUCGGAACCUUGCCGAGGCAUGUCGUGAGAACCUACCAUUCGUCCCACGUAUAUCUCUAUGGCUCAUGAUUGAAGUGGCUAUUAUCGGUAGUGACAUGCAAGAGGUCAUUGGGACUGCGAUUGCCUUUUAUCUCCUCUCACAUCGUCACAUCCCUCUCUGGGCCGGCGUCUUGAUAACAAUAUUUGACACCUUUUUCUUCCUGUUCCUUGACAAGUACGGACUAAGAAAGCUAGAGUUGUUCUUUUGUUUCCUCAUCACUGUAAUGGCACUAGCGUUCGGGGCAGAGUUUGUCUGGGCGAGUAUUGCCGGUUACGUUGAUUUCGUUGCUUUAUUAAAGGGACUAUUCGUCCCCGAGGUUUCUUCAUCAAGGGUUGUGGUGGCUGUGGGUAUAGUUGGUGCAGUGAUAAUGCCCCAUAAUAUCUAUCUUCACUCGUCACUAGUGAAGUCCCGUGAGGUAGAGACGGACAAUCCCAAGAAAAUUAAAGAAGCCAAUUUUUAUUUCUUCAUAGAGUCGGCUGUUGCUCUCCUAGUCUCUUUUGUUAUCAAUCUGUUCGUAGUGUCCGUAUUUGCUGCUACAUAUAAUGGACUUGUCUCUGAAGAUAUUGAACAAAUAUGUCCUGAAGUAAUAAACUCUAGUGCAGAUACCUAUUCCCCUAAUGACACUGUACCUAUUGAUAUAUAUAAAGGAGGACUCUUCCUUGGUUGUUACUUCACUGGGGCAGCUAAGUACAUAUGGGCCAUUGGUAUCCUCGCUGCCGGGUCUAGUUCUACCAUGACCGGAACCUAUGCGGGUCAAUUUGUGAUGGAAGGGUUCCUGGACAUACACUGGAGUCGUUGGAAGAGGGUUAUGUUCACUCGCUCUAUUGCCAUCCUUCCUACACUAAUGGUGGCUGUCUUUACUAGUAUUGAUCGCUUGACUGGAAUGAAUGAUAUACUGAAUGUUGUCCAAUCUCUCCAAUUACCAUUUGCCCUCCUACCAAUCCUACACUUCACUAAUUCUUAUCUAGUAAUGGGCUCCUUUAAAAAUGGCAUCAUCAUGAAAUUCAUUAUUUGGCUUCUAGCUCUCUCAGUGAUAUGCAUCAAUUUCUUUUUUGUGUACACCUUUAUUAAGGACCGAUCGCAAUUUUGGGUUUACAUUCUAACAGUCAUUGUUCUCCUACCUUAUCUCUCUCUGGUCCUCUAUCUAGGGCUCAAGGCUCUUGUUAGCUCACUCCCUCGUAAAGCCUCGGAUUGCAUCAAUAGCAAGAUGAAGAGGAUACCAUUAUGUGAUUGCCCGUGGUUGGAUAGGAUAAAGUGUAUUUCCUCUAAGAAGUAUUGCAGUUGGUUUGGACGAGCUGAGGACGCAUUGGAGAGACAGAAAGAUAGAGCAGGACAGCUCAUAAAAGAGAAGAUGAAGCGGACCUGUUCCUUGUGUUACCCCUCCCAGUGUUGCCGGUCUGAAGAUCAUGUAAUGAGUGAUGAUGAGGAAACUGAGCUGCUGGACACUAGCACUUCAAGUUCUUCUAGUGUUGGGGCUGGAGGAGGCUCUGAGGCUACUUUUGAUGAGUCUGAAACUAUAAACUAAUCAUUAAUAUUUUUGUAUCAUUUUAUCUUUCACAAUCGUACAUGUCAAUUUGCUAGAUAUUUAUUAUUUUUUCAAUUUCAUUAUCAAUGUACGCAUACUAUUCUUUCAGAGCCUCUUGUAGCCCAGCAAUGUACUGCACACUUGUCGGUAUUAUUUACCAUUAA